GCACUAAUUAGAGAUGUAACCGGAUUGAGGCUUUCCUUUUUCUCUCACCAGUGGAUUAAGGAGUGCGGAUGUACGGUGGGGGAAUUAACAUAACUCGGUGCCCGCCUUCAUACAGUGCACCCUCCCUCCUCUGGUCUCCUUCCUACGUCGGCUCUCCCCCCACAUACCCACGCAGCAGGUCCCUCCCCUCGCCCGGCCCCAGGAUCUGACGUGGGCUUCGACACCUUUCUCAGCUUCUCCCUCUCGCAGCCUCAGCUCUCGAGCUGCACCCCCCCACCCCGCAUCUCCCUCCCCCAGGACCCAACGACCCUCUCUCCUCUUUCCCCAUAAAACCCUUCUAGAAUCCUUUAGAUACUCCUCCCUAGCCUUCAUUCUUUCCACCUCCUACCCCAAGCUACAAUUCCAAUCUCUACCCUGCACCCCAACAACCUGGCAUCUAAUCGAGGCCGAAAACAGGCGUCAGGGGUAGAGUGGAACCCAGGCGUCCCUGGAUCUCUGAGAGAGCCUGGUCUGAUUUAGCACUCCCCCACUGAGCCCCACCCCCUGCAGCCGCAGCCGCGCCCCCUUUUCCUCUCCCCCCCCCAUCCACGGGAACAGAGAGGACAGAGGUGUCCGGGCAAGAGAGAGGACCCGGGCAUUCAAGGAGGCAAGAAAGCUAAGAAUCUUCGGUUCCCAGUCUUUUUCCCAUAUAUUCUUCAACACACACACACACACCUCAGCCUUUCGCCUCCUGUCGAGCCCUGGAUUUUCUUCCUUAAAAGGAAGCAGUAGUAGACGGGAGCAGAAUAGGCAAGAAGAGCAAGAAGACUAGCUCUUCAGCUCCUGGGAAGGGAAGAAUUAGGGGAAUAACCAAGAAGCUGAGUAAAGACGACUAGUUCUUCAGCCCCUGGGAGGACAGGGAUUGGGGUGCGGGAGAGGGAUUUGGGGAUCAGGGUGUCAUGGGGACCCCCGGAGCCGGGCUCCUGCCCCCACCGCUGCUGUUGCUGCUGUUCAGCUGUCCCUGGACUUGCGGUGUGCCCUUAAUGGAGGAAGAGAGUCUGGCUGGGGAAAGCAGUGAGUCUCCCACAAUUCCACCAGCUGCACUGGCUGAGCUGCUACAUGGAGCACUACUAAGGAGGGGACCAGAGAUGGGGGACAUCCCUGGAUCCUUUCUGGUCCCCACACUAGCUGCUGAUACAGAAGACCAGACUCUUGCCCCCCCCUCCCCGCCUUGGGUCACAGAACCAGGAACAGGACCCCUGACAACAGCUGUGACUCCUAAGGGAGCAAGGGGGGUUGGGCCUACUGCACCUGAGCUACUGACUCCACCUCCUGGAACCACAGCUCCACCCCCCCCAGGGCCUGCCUCUCCAGGCCCACCUCUUGGGUCUGAGGGAGGAGAGGAAGAGACCACAACUACCCUCAUUACCACAACCACAGUCACCACAGUGACAAGCCCAGUUUUAUGUAACAACAAUGUCUCAGAAGGUGAAGGUUAUGUAGAAUCUCCAGAAUUUGGGCGUUCAGCUGCACCCACUCUAGGACCUCUCGACUGCACUUACAGCAUCUCUGUCUAUCCUGGCUAUGGCAUUGAAAUUCAGGUACAGUCUCUCAACCUGUCUCGAGAAGAAGGACUGCUUGUGUUGGCUGUGGGUGGUGCACCAGCCCCAGCAACCCAGCUCCUGGCCAAUGCCUCCCUACUGGGGGAGGGUCAAGUCCUUCGGAGCCCAACUAACAGGCUGCUUCUGCAUUUCCGGAGUCCCCGGACCCCUCGAGGUGGUGGCUUCAGGAUCCACUACCAGGCCUACCUCCUGAGCUGCGGCUUUCCUCCCCGGCCACCUCAUGGAGACGUGAGUGUCACAGACCUGCACCCCGGAGGCACUGCCACCUUCCACUGUGACUCGGGUUACCAGCUGCAAGGGGAAGACACCCUCGUUUGUCUGAAUGCCACCCGACCAGCCUGGAGUGGGGAGCCUCCGGCCUGCCUUGCUGCCUGUGGAGGUUCCAUCCACAAUGCUACUCUUGGCCGGAUUGUCUCCCCUGAACCUGGAGGGGCUGUAGGGCCCAACCUUACCUGUCGGUGGGUCAUUGAGGCAGCUGAAGGACGGAGACUGCACCUGCACUUUGAAAGGGUCUCACUGGAUGAGGACAAUGAUAGACUGGUGGUCCGAUCUGGGGGUGGUCCCCUCUCCCCACUGAUCUACGACUCAGACAUGGAUGAUGUCCCAGAGAGAGGACUGAUCAGCGAUGCCCAAUCCCUCUAUGUGGAACUGCUUUCUGAGACACCAGCCAACCCCUUGCUACUAAGCCUCCGAUAUGAGGCCUUCGAGGAAGAUCGUUGCUUUGCUCCAUUCCUGGCUCACGGCAACGUCACCUCCACGGAUCCCCAGUUCCGUCCCGGAGCACUGGCUACCUUCUCCUGCCUCCCAGGAUAUGCCCUGGAACCCCCUGGUCCUCCAAGUGCCAUUGAGUGUAUCGACCCCUCUGAUCCCCACUGGAACGACACUGAGCCGGCCUGCAAAGCUAUGUGUGGGGGGGAGCUGUCCGAGUCGGCCGGUGUGGUCCUCUCUCCGGACUGGCCGCAGAGCUACAGCCCGGGGCAGGACUGCGUGUGGGGCCUUCACGUCCAGGAGGAAAAGCGCAUCUUGCUCCAAGUAGAAAUCCUGAACGUUAGGGGAGGGGAUAUGUUGACCCUGUUUGAUGGAGAUAGCCCCAGUGCCCGGGUAUUAGCCCAGCUUCGCGGGCCCCAGCCUCGCCGCCGCCUUCUCUCCUCUGGCCCAGACCUCACCUUGCAGUUCCAGGCACCAGCUGGGCCCCCUAACCCUGGCUUGGGUCAGGGCUUCGUGUUGCAUUUCAAAGAAGUGCCUCGGAACGACACCUGCCCAGAACUGCCCCCUCCCGAGUGGGGCUGGAGGACGGCGUCCCAUGGAGACUUGAUCCGGGGAACGGUUCUCACUUAUCAGUGUGAGCCUGGCUACGAACUGCUCGGCUCAGACAUCCUCACCUGUCAGUGGGACCUGUCCUGGAGUGCCGCGCCCCCAGCCUGCCAGAAGAUCAUGACCUGUGCAGACCCUGGAGAGAUUAGUAAUGGGCACAGGACAGCUUCUGAUGCGGGCUUCCCCAUUGGCUCCCACAUUCAGUAUCGAUGUCUACCUGGCUACAGUCUAGAGGGGGCAGCCGUCCUCACCUGCUACAACCGGGACACAGGCACCCCCAAGUGGAGCGACCGUGUCCCCAAGUGUGUCCUGAAGUACGAGCCAUGCCUGAACCCCGGUGUCCCAGAGAAUGGCUACCAGACCCUCUACAAGCAUCACUACCAGGCUGGGGAGUCUCUCCGGUUCUUCUGCUAUGAGGGCUUUGAACUGAUUGGGGAGGUCACCAUCACCUGCCUCCCGGGACACCCCUCUCAAUGGACCAGCCAGCCCCCACUCUGCAAAGUGGCCUAUGAGGAGCUACUGGACGACCGAAAACUGGAAGUGACACAGACCACAGAUCCUUCUCGGCAAAUGGAAGGUGGAAAUCUAGCCUUGGCCAUCCUGCUGCCCCUGGGCCUUGUCAUCUUACUCAUUGGGGGUGUUUAUCUCUACUACACCAAGCUACAAGGAAAAUCUCUAUUUGGCUUUUCUGGAUCUCACUCCUACAGCCCUAUCACUGUGGAGUCUGAUUUUAGCAACCCACUCUAUGAAGCUGGGGAUACGAGAGAGUAUGAAGUCUCCAUCUAAGCACCAAUGGAAGGAGCAGAACUUUUGGAUGUCCCUUCCUGACCCCUCCCCCCAGACCAACCUGGGAAGGGGGGAAGAAGAACUGGAUCCUCCAUUCCCAGCUCUCAACAUCUCAUGCUUCUCCCUUCUCCUUGUAAAUACCCUAAGACCCCAUUAAGGACAAUAAAUACCCUGAAGAUCCUCUGGUAAAAAUAAGCCAGCAUCCUGCCUCCCAAGUCAUCCUUUUUCUCUGUUGCCAAAUGCAGGGGGUCCUUCUUUUGCCUCCUAUACCCAUAAUCUGGCUCCCCAGCCCUAAAAUACAGGGUUGUCCCUUGGUUACUUAGCAUUGGGGCCAAUCAUAAGGGGAGAGGGGUAAUAUAUCUUAGUCCAGGUCCUAACCAACUUGUCCCUGUGGCUACCACAGGGAUCAGUCUUAGAGGGCUCGACAUCUUUUUCCUUAUUCUCUGGUGGCUCUCAUUGCUUACCAGUUCCCUGGCCACACAUGUUCCUGUCCUACCAGCACUAUCCAUUCUUGGAUUUUCCUUUUGCUCUCCCCUACCCACUGCUCCUUCAGGCCAAGAGCUCUCGGCAGCCCCUUUUUGCCCAAUAGCCUCAGUCUUUUGGCUAGGCAGAGUAAGAGUAGGGUGGGCUAGGGAAAUGACCCCUAACCCCUGCAGUCCCUUCCUCCCUUCAGGUUCCCCCAGUUCUACCCUUUAUCCCUUCUGGCUUCUGGAUUUUUGUUUUCAAGCAAUAAACAGAAAAUCACCAUUUGUAA